ACUUAUUUCUGAGGUCAAGAUGAGGUAGCCUUCCAAAAACACGGGAGGGGUCUCGUCCUCAGUCCUGCGUUGUCAUCAAAGCCGUGUUAAGAAUAAUGGCCACCAGACGUGCUCAUCUUGAAGAUGACCUCUCCUGUCCAAUUUGUGGGCAUAUUCUUAGUCAGCCUGUGGUGUUGACUUGCAGGCAUAGAUUCUGUAAAUCCUGUCUGAAUGACAGCUGGGAGGCACAAGGCAGUGGGGAUUCACACUACUGUCCUCUGUGCUGGCGCCGUUCCUCCAUGGAUCAGAUAGUGGUGAACACCGUGCUGGAGAAGUCCUGUGAGUCCUUCAAGAAGGACAGGAGCAAAAAUGACCCAGAGGCUUGUAAGGAGCAUGGAGAGAAGCUUAGUCUGUUCUGUUUGGAGGAUUUGGAGCCAAUCUGUGAAGUGUGUGGGAAAGCAGCCGCACACAAAGGACACAAGCUCUACCCCAUUGGGGAAGGUGCCCUAGACUGUAAGGAGGAACUGAGGAGUGCACUGCUGCCUUUUAAAGAGAAGUUGCAGCUGUACAAGAAGGCAACAAUUGCCUGUGAAGAAAUGGCAGAACAUGUCAAGAGCCAAGCUGAACACACUGAAACACAGAUCAAAGAGGAGUUUGAGGCCCUUCACAAUUUCCUGAAAGAGCAGGAGGCUGCCAGACUUUCUGCUUUAAAGGCCGAACAGGAGGAGAAGGAUCUGAUGAUAACCCAGAGGAUUGAGGAGAUGAGCAACGAAAUGACAUCCAUCUCCAACAUCAUCAGACUAGUGGAGCAGGAGAUGAACUCAAAAGAUAUCCCAUUUCUUAAGAAUUACAAGGAGACAAUAAGGAGAACCUGGCGAACUUCCCUUGAACCACAAAUGAUUUCUAAUGCUUUGAUCGAUGUGGCCAAACACCUUGGCUCUCUAAAGCACAAAGUGUGGGAGAAGAUGAAGAGUAUAAUUAAAUAUACUCCUGUGAUUCUGGAUCCAAACACAGCCGCUAGCUGCUUCAUCAUUUCAGAAGAUCUCACUGUGGUGCACAACAGUUCCCAGAUUUUCAAGCUGCCAGACAACCCAGAGCGCUUUGAUAUCAGUGCUGAGUUACUGGCGUCAGAGGGAUAUACUUCUGGACGCCACAGCUGGGAUGUGGAGGUAAAGGACAACACUUACUGGGUGGUGGGAAUAGCGAGUGAUUCCAUCAACAGGAAGGGAAAGCAUGUGCUGACACCAGCGGAGGGAUUUUGGACUAUAAGGUUUCGCAACGACGAGCAUAAGGCCUGCACUGCACCAUGGGAGCCGCUGAACAUGACUAAGAAGCCUGAUGUCAUAAGAAUAGUUUUGGACAUGGACAGAGGCAAGGUGACCUUCUAUGACCCGGAUGAGAGAAAACCUUUGUACACCUUCACAGGUAUCGUCACACCCAAAGCCUUUCCUUACUUCUGCACUGCCUGCAAAGAGUAUCCACUGAAAAUCCUCCCUACAAGGAUAUUUAUGUCAAAGGACAACUGAUUCACAAUUAAUGCCUAUUGUCUAAAUGUGUCUGUAAAACCAGCAACUGCUCAUGCUUGCAUAUGUUAUUGUUAGUCAUGAAAGAGACAACUGUGAGGAGAUAGAGCAUUAAUUUCCAAGAAGUUUUUCCUGUUCUCAUAAAUGAAGAUCCACAAAUAUAUGUUUUAAAAUAUUUAAUUUGAGUUAAAAGAAAUCUGAGAUCAGGAAUUGUAAAUACCCUUACAUAAACUAAAUAUCACAACCUGAACGUGAUUUAAUUUUAUUACAGAAAAAUAACAGUCACUAUGUUUGACUCAGCUUUGCAUGACACAAAAUCACAACUUCCACAUUCUGUUGAGCUUGUUCCAAAAAGAAAAACAUUUUUAGCUUCAUGUAAGGCACAUAUAGCAACAGCUUUUUGUGUAUCUGAAAAACCUGGAUCAUUUCUAGUCACAGGCUCAGAUAUGAUUAGUUUUAGAUUGUAUUAAAAAGACUCUAUGGUUAGUGUUUGACCUAACAGCCACAUGUUUUGCAUGGUAUAAUCUGGUCCUGUACUGCCACAGUCAAAAACAGCAGUAACUCCUUAACUUCACACUCAAGUAUUGCUUAAAUCUAUAAAGAAUAUUCUUGCAGCAUAUUUCAUACAUGGGUUAAACCCUGUAACAGUUGUCUUGAUACUGUCCCUUGCUGUCCUAACCAACUUUUUGUAACAUGUAUGCAAUUUAAAAUGGGUUGUAAAAGAAACCCACCUGAUGUGUGGUGAUGCUCAAAGGCUUUUUGAGGUGUUCAUUUAACAGUUAAAAAAGAAGUUAUUAAAAGAAGCCUUCACGUUA